AUGUCAAAUCAUGACUAACGCAUUCUUUAAACAGGCACCAAGCCUUAACCUAUAAGAAUAACCACAGAUUAUUCCAUGUUAAAUUAAGAAGGUGUAACCGAGAAAUAAAAAAAAUACAUAAUAGAUAUUAUGGAAUCAUCCAAGCUUUAUUUCUAAAGACUAUUGAAAGUAUACCCAUUAAUAGAAAAUAACAUUUUUCCUCGAAAAUUUUCUUUAAAAUGUUUGAAUGUAUAAAUUCCUAAUGAUGCUUUAAUAACAGGAAUUCCUAAUUCCGAUUUACAUUUAUAUGUCAUUUGCACUAAUGAAGAUAAUGAUAGUAUAGCAAAUGCCGGUUAUUGUGCAAUAGGAGAUGUAUUAACUAGACCUAUUUUUGGAAGAGUUAAUUUUAACUUAAAAAAUAUUAAUCAAUUUGGUGGAGAUGCUGCAAGUUUUGAAAAUGAUUUAGAAACAUCUAUUCAUGAAAUUUUACAUGUGCUUGGUUUCUCAUCAAACGCUGCUAGAUUUUGGAUAAAUCCUGAUACUGGAAAAUCUUAUGGAACUACAUUCAAAACUAAAUUGUAAAAAACAAAUAUCUACAGAGGAAAAAAAACCGGUAAUGAUGAUGGUUCUUUUGUUUAUCAUUUUGAAAAGACUGUUAUUUAUAAUGAAAUGAUGACAUCAGAUGAAUCAUCUGAUAGUGUUUUAUCUAUUUUUACUAUUGCUCUUUUGAAAGACACUGGCUUUUAUCCUGAAGUAAAUGAGAAUAUGGCUGAUAAUAUAUUCUGGGGAAAAGGAAAAGGUUGCGAUUUCUUAGAAAACGCUUGCUAAAGUACAGUUCAAUACCCUGAAUAUUCUAAAUAAAAAAGUUAAACUUAAUGUACAUUUGAAUACGAUGGAAUAGGUAUUGUCAAUUCUCAAUUUUAUACAGACAAUUGUGGUGUAGUAUAGCCUUAUUCAAAUAGAUUGUGCACAAAUCCUAAUAGUGUUACUGAUAUAACUAAAAAAGAACUAGAAAAUGAUAAAUUAUCUAAUUAUUCAACUCAAAGUAAAUGCUUCUAAUCUACAGCUUAAAAACUAAAUUCUGUAAAUAGCGAAAGUUAAUUUAGAUGUCAUUAAUACAAAUGUUCCUCCGAUGCUUCUGAAAUAUCUGUUAUUUUCCCCGAUAUUGAUUUAAAAGUUUUAUGUGAAAAAGGAGAAUAAAAUAUAUAAAAGGAUAUCGAUCCAAGUGGCUAAAAAGCUAGAGGUAAAUUAACAUGUCCUUAAGAUUACGAUAGAUUCUGUAAUUAUACUUCUAUAUGUCCGAAUUUCUGUUCCGAAAAAGGAGUUUGUGUUAACGGUCAAUGUAUCUGCAAAUCCGGAUUCGGAGGAGUUGAUUGUUCUAUAAAUUGUUCCGGAGUAGUCGAUAAUGAAACUUGUAUACAAGGCACAUGUCCUUAAAGCAAAUUUUUAAACCCAGAUAAUACUUGCAAAUCAGAUUGUCCUUUAGUUCAUUCGGAAGUGCUGACAAAUGUGAACCGUGUGAUAGCAGUUGUUCUAGAUGCACAGACCAUCAGCUACUGA